UAAAAAUAAAAAUUGUCCUAAGUUAUAAUCUGAUAAAAUAUCAUUUCGAUUGAAUAUUCACUCCUUUUUAUUACCUCGAUCAGUUCUGCAAUAUUCGCCUCAAAAUUCUGUAACUUCUCCAAAGGAAAUGAACGCUCAGUUGAAUUCCACACCGGAUUUCAUUCAAGAGAACGCCGCCGGCAGUGAUUCCGACUCGAACCCGGACGAUUCGCUGGAAUAUUACGAGCCAAUCUCUUCCACCGCUGAUGACGAUGAUUUGCAGAUCUCCGAUCAGAUUCCAAAUCAUGUUCAGAACUCCGAUGAUGAAGAGUGCGACGAAUCUAGUUAUUUUCAUCGCCUCCCUAAUGGCUAUGCGAAUUGCGUAGAAAACGAGAUAUCAUCACUGGAUCUAAGUGACGAGGAUGGUGAACAUAAGAGUGAGGUUGAAGAAGAGGAGGAGAGAAUAAGAGCGGCGUCUGAUACUGCUGUACGGAGAGCGUUCAGAGAGGAUGAGAGCCGUCGCAACACUCCAUUGACGACGGAGAGUGCAACGAGAGUAAUGGAAGCCAUGCGUAGGAUUUCUUUUGGUGGAGUGGCUCCUGAUUGGACCAGCCAAGUUCCGGAGGAUCAGUGGAUCGAUCAUCUACAAAGAUUGAGACGUCCACCUGCUACUACCUCGACGAACUGAAACCGAUUUGCCAUUAAUUAGUAAUUGCGUGAGCUUUACUGCUUUAAUAUUUUUUGUUGUAGCUCAACUACGGAUGUGCUAGCUAUUGUUGUUAAUUGUUAAAAACUAAGUUGUGGUUAAACCUUUCUAGCCUUCUAAGGUCAUGAAUAUGCUUUAGGAUUUUUGCUGGAAAUAGAUUUCUUAAUGUAUGAUGUUUGGUGGUCAAACAUAAAAUACUGGUACUAUUUUCCCCCUCUCAAUAUCAGUGUCAUUGUUCUAAUGGGAACAUAUGUCUUUUAUUA